GUCCCCGUGUCCCCUCUGUCCCCGCGGCCAUGCCGGAGGCCGUGCACUACAUCCACCUGCACAACUUCAGCCGCUCCCUGCUGGAGACGCUCAACGGGCAGCGCGUGGCCGGCCAGUUCUGCGACGUCACCGUGCGCAUCCGCGAGGCCUCGCUGCGCGCCCACCGCUGCGUGCUGGCCGCCGGCAGCCCCUUCUUCCACGACAAGCUGCUGCUGGGCCACUCGGCCAUCGAGGUGCCGCCCGUGGUGCCCUCGGCGGCCGUGCGCCAGCUGGUCGAGUUCCUCUACAGCGGCAGCCUGGUGGUGGCCCGCUCCGAGGCGCUGCACAUCCUGACGGCCGCCUCGGUGCUGCAGAUCAAGACGGUCAUCGACGAGUGCACGCAGAUCAUCUCGCAGGGCCGCGGCCCCGCCGCGCCGCCGCCGCCCCGCAAGCCCGUGCCGCCGCCGGAGGAGCCGGCGCCCGGCAGCCACAGCCGCAAGCAGCGGCAGCCGCUGCGCCUGGCGCCGGCGCUCAAGGAGGAGCGCCGGGACUUGGAGGAGGAGGAGGAGGAAGAGGAGGAGGAGGAGGAGGAGGAGGGAGAGGAUGAAGGAGGGCCCCAGGAAGGCGUCGUCCCCCCGGGUCUGGCCCCGCCGCCCUUCCCCGCCCCGGACCCGCCGUUUUUCGGCGCCCCCGAGGUUUUCCCCGACGCUUUCCUGCCGCCCUGGCCCGGCGACGAUGGCGGCGGCGCCGCCUUCGGGGCCGAGCGCGGCCGGGAGGCGCCGGGCGGGGACGGGUUUGGCUUUGGGCCCCCCCCGCCUCUGCCGCCGCCCUAUGAGGCGGGGCCGGAGGGGGGCGCCGUCCCCGUGGCCCCCCCGGCGCCCCCGGCCGUGCCGCACCGCGCGCCCCAGCCCCCGUACCAGUGCGGGCACUGCCAGAAGAGCUUCAGCUCCCGCAAGAACUACACCAAGCACAUGUUCAUCCACUCAGGCGAGAAGCCCCACCAGUGCUCCAUCUGCUGGCGCUCCUUCUCCCUCCGCGACUACCUGCUCAAGCACAUGGUGACCCACACGGGCGUCCGCGCCUUCCAGUGCGGCGUCUGCUGCAAGCGCUUCACGCAGAAGAGCUCGCUCAACGUCCACAUGCGCACGCACCGCCCCGAGCGCUUCCAGUGCCGCCUCUGCACCAAGGGCUUCUCCCACCGCACCCUGCUGGAGCGCCACGCCGCCACCUCCCACCCCGUGCCACCGCCGGGGCCGCCGCCGGGGCCACUGCCGGGACCGCCACCAGGACCACCACCGGGGCUACCGCCGGGGCCACCGCUGGGGCCACCGCCGGGGCUACCGCCGGGACCGCCACCGGGGCCACCGCCAGGGCCACCACCAGGGCCACUCCCGGGGCUACCACUGGGACCGCCACUGGGGCCACCGCCGGGGCUACCGCCGGGGCUGCCGCCGGGGCUACCGCCGGGACCGCCACCGGGGCCACCGCCGGCACCAGAACAUGAACUGGGCACGUGGCCGGGGCCGGACGUGGCGGGCGCCGGCCCCGCUCACACGGCGUGAGGAGGGGUCCCUGCCCCUCGGAGGGCCUGGAGGGUGGCCCGGGGGCUCCUCGGCGCCCGCGGGUCCGGUGGAGCAGCCGGGGUGACGCCUGGAGGAAGCGGCUGAGAUGUUCUCCGCGGGAUUCGGGAAGAUGUGGGGACGUUCCCGGUGACAGGAGAAGGGGACCGGAGCACCCCAGCGGGGACGGGGGCGUGGGGAACGCCCGGGGCUCCGAGCAGCACCGGGAUCACGGAACAAAUCCCGCUGGGAACUGUGCCGAGGCACGCGGAGUCCCGGAGGAGGCUGGCGAUGGCCAAGGCGGCGUCGCCGAGGGCAAACGGAGCCCAGGAACCCCGGUGGCUCUGGUGGUGGGGGGUGAUGACGUGGUUGACCUGAUGGGACCCCCGUAACGUUCCGGAACUGAGCUGGGUAUGGGGAUUGGACGGAUGGAUCCGGCCGUGAGCGGGCAUGGAGAUGCUCGCAGGGCUGGACCAUGGGGGUGAUGAUGUCAUUGACCCGAUGGGACCCUUGGAAUCUUCUAGAACUGAGCUGGGCACAAGGAUUAGAUGGAUGGAGC